AUGUGUAAUUCAAAGAUGUCUUGUCCUCUACGACAUUAUUUCUUGUUAAAGGUCGUAAAAAGAAAGGAGGACUUUAUCUGUGGAGUAGGUCAGAUCAAGUUAGGACAAGAAGUCCUCGGCGAAGAUUUCUUGGUAGAUUCAGAAAUACGAGAAGCUUCAAAUUUGCUUCACAGUGCUAGUGCGAGGACCAUUACAAACGCUGCAUCUGUGACGAGGAGUACAGACAGUGCAGUCAUUCAAUUGAUCCAAAACAUGCAUGAAACCCUUAUUGCGGUGCUUAAAGGACAAGAACAAAUUCUUAUGGAAAUAGCCGAUAUCAAGAAUGAUCUGAACAAAAGAGAAUCCACAGAGCAAGAAGACGAAGCAUCUAUACCCUCCAUCGAUCCUAUACGAAGACCAGUCUCUAAUAUCAAGGAUAUAACCAUGAGACAUAUCCACAAAAUGAUCAGUCAGGACCUCGGUAUUGAAGUAACCAAGGUCGAGAAAUCAAAGCUUCACACUUGUACGCUGCUUAUUUGCGAUCAGCUUGCGGCACUUCCGUCUGUACAGGCUCUUGGGCCACGUCCUAAAUGGGGAUCGAUUCCGAAAAGAGACAAGAAGAUGAUUUGUGCUAGACAUGCAAGCAUGCUCAAAGCUAAUGGAAUUGAUUUCACGAGAUGUCAUGGGAACUGGGCAUCAAUUGCCAAGGUUGGACAGCUUUGGAAAGACCGUCAAAAGAGAGAGAUUAAUAAUACGCCGAGCAUAACAAAGUAUCUAUGGAUCUGUUUUAAGCCUAGCACAAGUUUAGUAACUGAGUUUAACUGGAGUUUCUGCGAUCUUACAAGGCAAAAGACAGAAAAAAGAGAAUUAUUGACUGAAUCUUGGUUUUUGGUUUUUACCUAA